AUGGCAUUUGAGCCGCAGAUUGGCAACAAAAAACUGGUGAUCAGAAACUGGUCCGGUCCGAAGAAGCUACCGAAGAGUUAUGAGAAUGAGAGCUGGGUCAUGCUCGAGGAAGCUGUUCAGGCGAUACAGACCAAAGAUUCGUACAGAAAGUUUAGCUUGGAAAGGCUCAAUCAAGUUGUCGCGAAUUUGGUUGAUGGGCACAAGGAUUUAGCGCGAAAUCUUCAUCUUAAACUGAGAAAGGUGUGCGAAGAUCACACGAGAACACAACUGUAUCGACUAGAAAGCGUCUCAUUGGCGGAUAUAACUCCCUUCUUAAAUUUACUCAACAGUAUUUGGUACGAUCAUUGCAAGGCCUUCACGCUAAUCAUCAAUUUAUUCCUCAAACUUGACAGAAAAAGUCAAAACGGAGGCCUCUGGGAUACUGGAAUCGACAUCUUUCGUGAUGUCAUUUUGACGAGGAAAAUCAAGCAUGCUACCAUCGCUGGUUUGAUGAAACUAAUCCAUGCGGAGCGAAAGGGAGAACUGAUAGAACGCAGCCUGUUGAAGCCACUGAUCGGCAUGUUGAGCGCAGUCCGCUACUAUGGCGACUUCGAAACAGCUCUCUACGAAGAGACCCAAAAACUCUAUCAAGAAGACUCGCGCAAUAAACUCGACACGAUGGAAGUACCCGAGUACCUAAAAUACGUGGAAAAAAGCUUGGAAGAGGAAGAAAAACGCGCCAACUCCUAUCUGGAGAGCUCGACAGUUAGACCACUUCUGAGCGUCUGCGAAAUCAAGCUCAUUGGUGAUCAUUUACACUCAAUUGCCAGUAGAGGCUUGAGCUCGAUGAUGCUCGAUAAGCGGGUUGACGAUUUGAAGCGCUUAUACAGAAUUUUCGAGCGAGAUGCAAACGGACUUGCUGCGCUAAAAGAAGAGUUGAACCACUAUGUCCGCAGCCAAGGAAGCUCUAUCGUGGUUAAUCCCGAGAAAGACAGCACGAUGGUCCUGGAAAUGCUUGAAUUCAAGACGAACGUCUACAAUAUUUGGAAAGAGUGCUUCAACAGUCAAACCCUGCUUCAUUCAACGAUACAGGACGCCCUCCAAUAUAUAAUAAAUGUGAGAAAGAAUCGACCGGCGGAGCUGAUCGCAAAGUAUGUUGAUGGAUUGAUGAAGUCAGGAAAUAAAGCGGUUGAUGAUGCUGGACUGGACAAAAAACUAGAUGAAAUAAUGUCGCUCUUCCGACUGAUUCACGGAAAGGACGUUUUUGAAAAGUUUUAUAAAGCGGAUCUUUCCAAGCGUCUUCUCCACAGUCGAUCAGCUUCUGAUGAUGCAGAAAAGGCGAUGCUUUCGAAACUGAAGGAAGAGUGCGGCGGACAAUUUACUCAGAAGCUCGAAGGGAUGUUCAAAGACAUUGAGUUAUCGAGAGAAGUGAUGGUCCAGUACAAGGCGACUCCAAAGUGUCCUGACACGGACAUCGAGCUGAGUGUCAAUAUCCUGACAACUGGCAACUGGGACCAGCAGCCGUUGGUCUGCAACAUUCCCGACUCAUUUAUGAACCUUCAAGAGCAUUUCCGCAAAUUUUACUCGAUGAAGCACCACCAGCGCAAGCUUACCUUCGCCCAUUACAAUUCUUCCCUCCUCAUUAUCGCCAAUUACACGAGGGCGGAUUGCAAGCCCAGAAAACAUGAGCUUCAGGUGUCACUAGCGCAGGGAAUUAUUUUGCUGCUUUUCAAUCGCGCGGAUAGCCUCACUUACAGCGAAAUCAAGGAAGCAACAAACAUGGAUAAUCUAACAAUGCGUCGGCAGCUUCAUUCUUUGAGCUGCAAUCCGAAAGCUAGAAUUUUAUUGAAAGAGAGCAAAGGGAAAGAGAUAAAAGAAAGCGACAAGUUCCGUUGGAAUCCGGAUUUCACCUACAAACUGUACAAAAUGAAAAUAAACCAGGUGCAAAUCAAAGAAACCGUUGAGGAGAACCGAGAAACGACUGAGCAGAUAUUCCAAGAUCGACAGCUUCAAAUCGACGCUGCUAUUGUCAGAAUCAUGAAAUCGAAAAAGACAUUAUCGCAUCCGGAACUUAUGGCAGCGCUAUUCGAGCAGUUGAAAUUCCCGAUUUCGCCUCCAGACCUAAAGAAGAGAAUCGAGCAUUUGAUCGACCGAGAUUUUAUCGAGCGAGAUCCGAACUGUGCAACGAAAUACGCUUACAUCGCGUGA